CCAACCACAGAACUCACACUUCUUGUUUCUAUGCCCUGCUACGCCAGUAAGUUGACUCACUGUACAAUACCUCUCCUCUUCACUCUACUGCAGGGUGGGAGAUGCAACAAUGGCCUUGAGAACAGCAGGAAGUGUGUUGGUGGUCUUUCUCUGGUCUGUAGCAGUUGUACUGGGUCAGGAUGGCUGGAGUGUUACAUACACCCCUCAGAGUAUCUGUACCUUGAAGGGGUCAACAGUGGAGAUGUCCUGCUCUUACACAUAUCCCAGUGGUUAUAUCGUCACAUCAACCUUCUGGUUCACUAAAAAUGAUGCUGAGGGGAAUCCUGUUAGUCUGAGUGAUGACGCAGACUACAAAGCUCGUGUGACGUAUCAUAAAGAUAACAAGAAUGACUGCACUCUGAGAAUCACAGACCUGAGAGAGAGUGACUCAGCUACGUACAUGUUCAGAUUUAUAACAGAUCAGACUGGAGGGAGAUUUACUGGCAACCCUGGAGUCACUCUGUCUGUCACAGAUCUGCAGGUGAAGGUGACUCCUUAUUCAGUUGUAUCAGCGUGGAAGACACUGACUUGCACCACCUGUGUUCUGACUGGUAACCCCACCUACAUCUGGUACAAGAACGGACAGAUAGUAACUGACAACACUUCUCCCUAUUCAGUCUACCCUGAUGCUGCAGACAGCUACUCCUGUGCUGUAAAAUCCAAUGAGGAUCUCCACACUCCUGCAGUGUGUGUUGUGGGUGAGAGCUGUAUGAAUGUGACUUACACCCAUCAGAGUAUCUGUGCUUUGAAAGGGUCAACAGUGGACAUAUCCUGCUUUUACACACAUCCCAGUUGGCAUAACGUCACAGAAGUGUCCUGGUUCAGCAAAUGGGAGACUGGUGUAACUAACGAUCUGAGCCUGAACCCAGAAUAUGCAGAUCGUGUGGAAUACCAUCGACAAACAGACAAGGACUCCACUCUAAAAAUCACAGACCUGAGGGAAAGAGACUCAACUGAGUACAAGUUCAGAUUUAAAACAGUUCAUGCAGAAUGGGGAUAUACCUUCUCUGGAACAACUCUGUCUGUCACAGGUCUGCAGGUGGCGAUGACUCCUGCCACAGUGACUGAGGGACAGAGAGUGACACUGGACUGUAGGACCAUCUGUACUCUGACUGAUAACCCCAACCCCUCCUACAUCUGGUACAAGUUAGGCCAGCGCCUCACCAACCAAAAUAACAGCCUGAUCCUCAACCCAGUCAGCAGUGAGGAUGCAGGCAGAUACUCCUGUGCUGUAGAAGGCUUUGAGGAUCUCCACUCUCCUGAAGAGACUCUCACUGUCAAAUAUGGCCCAAAGAACACACUGGCAUCAAUCCGUCUCUCUGAUGAAAUAGUGGAGGGCAGUUCAGUGACUCUGACCUGCAUCAGUGAUGCCAACCCACCUGUGGACAAAUACACCUGGUACAAGAAGAUUGGAGCCCACUAUCAGUCUUUCUCCCAUGGAAACACAGAACUACAGCAUGUCUUCAGUCACAUCCAGUCAUCUGACACUGGGGAGUACUACUGUGAAGCCCGGAAUGAGAUGGGGACACACAGGUCUGAGUCUAUCAACAUCGAUGUGAAAUAUGGCCCAAAGAGCACCUUAGUGUCAGUCAGUCCCUCUGGUGACAUAGUGGAGGGCAGUUCAGUGACUCUGACCUGCAGCAGUGAUGCCAACCCACCUGUGCAGAGUUAUGCCUGGUACAAGAAUGGAAGUGCCUAUCAGAGUAUCUUCUAUGGGAACACAGAACCACAGCAGGUUUUCAGCCAAAUCAAGUCAUCUGACUCUAGACAGUACUACUGCUGGGUCUCGAAUGGAAUUAGUACGGACAGGUCUCCAUCUUUAGACAUCGAUGUUAAAUAUGCCCCCAAAAGCACCUCAGUGUCAGUCAGUCCCUCUGGUGAAAUAGUGGAGGGCAGUUCAGUGACUCUGACCUGCAGCAGUGAUGCCAACCCACCUGUGGACAAAUACACCUGGUACAAGAAGAACGUAACCUCACCAAAAGCAUCAGGACAGAGUUACAGCAUCACUAACAUCAUCUCUGAGGACAGAGGAGAAUAUUACUGUGAGACUGAGAAUAAAUAUGGACGUCUCACCUCUUCCCCUGUAUUUGUGGACGUUCAGUAUGACCCAAAGAACACCUCAGUGUCAGUCAGUCCCUCUGGUGAAAUAGUGGAGGGCAGUUCAGUGACUCUGACCUGCAGCAGUGAUGCCAACCCACCUGUGCAGCGUUAUAGCUGGUCAUACAAGAAGAAUGGAGGUGACUAUCAGAGGUUUUCCAAUGGAAACACAGAACCACAGCAAGUCUUCAACCAAAUCAAGUCAUCUGCCACUGGAGACUACUACUGUGAGGCCUGGAAUGGGAUGAAGACAGGGAGGUCUGAGUCAAUCAACAUCGAUGUGAAAUAUGGCCCAAAGAACACCUCAGUGUCAGUCAGUCCCUCUGGUGAAAUAGUGGAGGGCAGUUCAGUGACUCUGACCUGCAGCAGUGAUGCCAACCCACCUGUGCAGAGUUACACCUGGUACAAGAAGAUUGGCUAUCAGUCUGUCUCCUACGGGAUCACAGGACCACAGCAAGUCUUCAACCAAAUCAAGUCAUCUGACACUGGAGAGUACUACUGUGAGGCCUGGAAUGGGAUGAAGACAGGGAGGUCUGAGUAUAUCGACAUUGAUGUGAAAUAUGGUCCAAAGAACACCUCAGUGUCAGUCAGUCCCUCUGUUGAAAUAACGGAGGGCAGUCCAGUGACUCUGACCUGCAGCAGUGAUGCCAACCCACCUGUGCAGAUUUACAUCUGGUACAAGACGAAUGGAGCUGAAACCUCAAUGAGACAUUCUGGAUGGAGUUACAGGAUCACUAACAUCAGCCCUGAGGACAGAGGAGAAUACUACUGUCUGGCAGUGAAUGAAGUUGGAUGCAAAAGAUCAAAGCUUGUUCCUCUAAAGGUUUUGUGUAAACCAAAGAACACCUCAGUGUCAGUCAGUCCCUCUGGUGAAAUAGUGGAGGGCAGUUCAGUGACUCUGACCUGCAGCAGUGAUGCCAACCCACCUGUGGACAAAUACACCUGGUACAAGAAGAAUGGAGCUUCACUGAAAGGAUAUGAAAACACCUUCCUCAUCACCAACAUUAACUCUGAGGACAGAGGAGAAUACUACUGUGAGGCUGAGAGUAUAUAUGGGAGUCUCAACUCUUCUUCUGUGUCUGUGGACAUUCAGUGUAAAUACACUUAAACUUCUCUUCUUUUGAUCAGAGA